AUGGCCGAGUCCGGCGGCUCGAUCAUGAAUGGCAACGGCCACAUGAACGGCAAAUCCAAUGGAAAGCCUAUUGCUGGCCGCAGAAGGCCAAUCAAGCAGAGAAGAAGUAUUUUGGUCUGGACUUUCAAUGUCGUAGCUAGACUCGCGACAUGGGCCGCCAUCCUCACUGUCCUUUUCCGAUGCCCCUCAUCACUCGAGGAGUGUAACGAGACCUCUCCAUCCAUCUGCAAACCUUACUUCCAAAUCAAGAACACUGUGCAACCCCAAGUUCAACCGUACUACGAUCAAUACGCAGCACCAUACGUCGAGCUUGCCCGCCCUUACUACGACACCGUUGAGAGCAAGGUCUGGCAGCCCACUCGUGCGUAUGCUGUUCAGUAUGGAGCUCCUUGGGCCGAGAAGGCGCGGGCGCACACUCUGGCUCAAUGGGAGAAGAACGGACAGCCGCAGCUCGCCAAGUACCAGACGCUUGCACGUACGCAUUAUGACCAGUCUGUCGGACCCCAUGUGAACAAAGCUGGCGAGAAGCUCGGCCCAUACUACGACAUCGCUCGUACCAACGGGUUACAAGUCUACUACGAAUAUCUGCAGCCAGGCUAUGCCUACGUUCACCCGUACGCUGUUCGGGGCUACGACGUAGCCUCCGACUUUACCAAGACCACUGCACUUCCUACCGCUUACUGGACCUACAACAAGACUUAUACUUUCCUCGACAGCAACGUCUGGCCCCACAUUCGAUCAGUCUAUGCUCAGAGCGUUGAGCCACAACUCGUCCGCAUUGGUGAGCGCUUGGGACGUUACAAGAACAAGUCCAAGUCUGCCGAGAACUAUGCUGCGAGCUACGUGACCGGAGCAACCGCUUCUUCCUUCCAGAAGCCUACCCAGAGCACCACAUCCGUUGCUUCUGUCGAGCCUGUCAAAUCCUCCUCGCAAGCCCCUGCUGCCACCGAGAGCCCCGAACCCGUGGUUGAGCCAUCUCAGGAGUACAUCAACCCCGUCCAGGCCCCUCCUGCCAGCGAGAAUGAGAGCGCAAAUCGACGCAAGGCCAGGGAGAUGGUGGCUCAGGACCUGGAUACUUGGCAAACCAAGUUUGCCACACAGGCCGAUGAGGGCGCUACUGACUUGGAAGAGCGCGUUGGCGACAUCGCUAAGCGUGUGAUUCAGGAAAAGGUCAAUACUAAUGGCAAGCAGCUUUUCAAAGAGCUUGAGGCCACAAUUGAUAAGGAACUCAAGGGUCUGCGAAGCAAGAUCUCAGCUCUCGCCGGAUCCAAGGGAGAUGACGCAGAUGCCGAAAUCGUUUCCGCUGUGCGAGCUUCCGGUAAGACCAUCAAGCAAAAGGCACAGGCUAUCCGACAAUGGCGCCAAACAUAUGACCAGGAGCUCCAGGAAACUGUUGUCACCGUUGCCGAUGUUCACUUCCAAGUGCUGGAUGAGACUAGAAACCUCGCCCUGCAGCAGAUCGGUAUGAGGUGGGCAUGGACUGACGGAAUCACCUACAAGGACUGGGCCAAGUACCAUGAGCUCAAGGCUACCCUCAACGAGUGGACCGAGCAGCUCAAGCAAUUGGUUGUCACCCACCCUGGCCUUCUCGAGGCUCAGGAUGCCGCCGCACGAGUCGAAGAUGAGGGCAUGGAAAUCGCCUCUGUCGCUGCCAAGGAAUUGGCUCGGCUUAAGGAGGUUGCUCGCUGGAAGGUCACUGCCGGAGACACAUCAGACAACUUUGAUAGCGACGCCAUGAAGCUUGCUGCUGAGCAAGCUAUUGCAGCAAAGGAAGCUGACGAAAAGACCCCUGCUCAGGAAGACAGCGCAGCUUCCAGCCUCUCAGAAGUUGUAGAAGAAUCUACCCCCGAGGUCGAAGAGGUCGAAGAAGAAAGCUGGGAAUCCUUCUGGGGAUCAGUCAAUGCUGAGCCCGUCGUGGAGGAAGCCUCCCAAGUUGCCGAAGCUGCUAGCUCAAGCGCCUCGUCCAUUGUCGACGAACCUAACGUGAUCGAAAAGGCUACCGAGGCCGUAUCAAACAGCGCCGAAUCCAUCGCCAGCGACGCCUCCAGCGUCGCCCACAAGGCCUCAGAGACUGUUGAGUCGCUAUCUUCAACAUUGUCCGCAUCCGCCACCGCCGUCAGCGAAGAAGCUUCAAGCGAACUCUCCGAAGUGAUUGAUUCAGCCACCAGUGUCCCAGAGUCUGAAGACAGCAGUAUGUCGAACCCCCUUGCCUCGGAAGCAUCUGAAGCGCUUAUCGGUGACCCCUUUUCGAUAGUCAGCAAUGGUAGUGAAGAGCCCCUUGCGGCUGAUGGCAAGGAGCCACUCGUCGAGAUUGAGGAGGACCCUGUGAUGCACCGCGACGAGACCCCUCUGUCUGACCAGUAUGAGCAUGUCAAGCCUGCUUUCUUCGGCGCCGCAGCUCAGGAGGUCCCCCACCGACAGAUUGUCCUCGAUGAUUACGUCGAUACGGAUGCGAUCGCCAGCGCCACAGACGCUGCCCAGUCCGUGUACUCGAACGCCGUGUCUCGUGCUUCUGAACAGUAUUCGAGCGCCCUCUCUGUCGUGUCUGCUCAGAUUUACGGAACCCCCAAGCCAGUUCAUGAGCAGCUCCUGUCUUCUGUCUCUGGCUCUUACGAUCGCGCAGUCUCCGCUGCUGGCGACCAGUUGAACAAGGCCAAGUCUGCUGCUACAACCGCUGCUGCGCAAGUGCCUGCCACCACUACCGUCCCCACCUGGCUCGACUGGGAGCGCAUUGAGUCUAUUGCGUCCCAGAGACUGAAUGAAGGCCGUCUUUGGGCUGAGGUCCAGUAUCAAAGUGCUCUCAUCGUCGCAGGACUUGCUACACCCACUCCUUCCUCGGCCCCUGAGAAGUACUACGAGCAGGCCAAGCUCAACUACUACGCUGGUCUUGGUAUGGCCCAGGACCGAUACUCUAGCUUCCUGGCUGGUGCAUCAUCUGCUCUCUCUUCUUUGACUGCCACCCCCACUCCCACCGAUCUUGCUGGAUCUGCCUCUUCUGCUGCUUCUGUGGCUCGUGAGUCGGCUGCUUCAGCUGCUCAAGCUGCUGCCGAUGCGGCUGGAUCUGUCUACUCGGCUGCCGAUGACACUGUCAAGUCUGUAGUCCAGGCUGUGGACGACACUGUUUCUUCUGUCGUCGAUGCAGCCAACGAGCAAAUCUCCAGCGCUGGCCUGGCUAUUGGUGACUCUUGGAACAGCGUUAUUGAGCAAAUCAGCGGCCAGGUCUAUGGUGAGCCAACACAAAUUGCUUGGUACGAGCACGUCUGGGGUGAUGCAGGCUCCUACGCCUCCAAGGCCACUGACGCUGCUGCUGACAAGGCCUCGGUUGCCUCUGAAGCCGCUGCGGCAUCGGCCAUCACCGCCUCUGCCGAGGCCAUGAAGCAGUACGAAGCAGUGAGCGGCCUUGUGUCUGAGCUCAUCAGCGGCAAGGAGCCCUCUUUCACUGAUAGCGUUCUGUCUCGAUUCCAAGCAGCUUACGCUACCGCUGCUGCCAACGCCGAAAGCCUCAGGAGCCAAGCCAACCAAGCUGCCUCAUCUGUUGGCGACCGUGUUGGCAACGCUGCUAGCGGUGCUACCGAAGCCGUCAAGGAGAACUUCCAGCGCAAGGAUGAACUAUAA